AUGGCCGUGGCUCCCAGGUUUGCCGCUCACGUCCUCGGCAGUGCUGCACAUCCGGUUCAUACCCUCGAGAUCUGUGCGUAAACUUUCACCCCUCCAAACUCACCUCCAUAGCAGAGCUAACGCGAGCCAAAAGACCUCGAUUAUGUUUGCCCGGUAAGCCCCCUCCAGCGCUCCAUCAUUGAGAUCUGGAAUCAGGAUCGUGCUCAUAUCGUACCCUACCCUAGUUUUCCGCCAAGCUCUUCAAUCGUGUUUACAACGACGUGAAACCAAUUAUCGACUCUAAAUUUUCUAAUAAAGUCCAGGUAAGCAAGCCUGCAAAACCCGAGCCCUGAGUUUAUCCCUCGCCUGAUAUAGCGCUCCGGUAUAAAUAUCUAAAGCUAAUACUGGUAUAAUACCAUGACAAGAUCGUCUUCAGACAACAGGUCCAACCAUGGCAUCCUAGUUCCACUCUCAGUGAGUGAUUCCCGAGGCGUGAGGAAUAAAAUAGAAUAAAAUAAAACACGCUUCGCCAAUACCCUGUGAGAUGGCGAAAGCUAAUAAGUUGUGUCCCUAAAGCCCAUGAGGCAGCACUCGCCGUAGAACGAGUCGAUCCAAGCUCCUUUUGGAAGUACUCUGCUGUUCGCGACACUACCUUUCUCGAACCCAACAUGGCCUCUAGUGAACCCUGCAACGCUAGCUCAUAUGCUAACCUCAGCCCUCCAGGCCCUCUUCGAAAACCAGGUUAACUUCUUUGAUGUCAAUGUCGUGAGUGAAACAAGAAAUGCAGUAUGUACAGUCCCCGAGCCCCGAGCCCGGAUCCCUCCUUCCCCGCAACCUUCUCGGGCUAACAGUUGGCCGUCAUGCUGGCAAAGAUUUACAAGCGGCUCUCCGCCCUAGCUGCUCCCCUGGAUGUCGACGAGCAACAAAUCUACAAACUCCUGACAAUCUCUGACAAGCCGAUCGACGGCGCGUAUAACACAGGCAACCAGGUCACGGGCGACUUGAAGUUGCACGUUAAAGCUGCGAGGCUGGUUGGUGUGCACGUUAGCCCUACCGUCAUCUUUGACGGAAUCGUGGAUAAUUCGGUUUCUUCCGCCUGGAGUGUUGCACAGUGGGAGGAGUGGCUAGCGAGGAAUGUUGUUUGA